AUGGAGCGGGAGGAUGAGGGCCUACUAAAAAUACACCUAAAAAUACACACAGGAGAGAAGCCUUACUCCUGCUCUGACUGUGGAAAAUGUUUCAAAACAUCAACUCAGCUAAAACUUCAUCAGAGAACACACACAGGAGAGAAGCCUUAUUACUGCUCUGACUGUGGAAAACGUUUUAAAACAUCAACUCAGCUAAAAGUUCAUCAGAGAACACACACAGGAGAGAAGCCUUAUUACUGCUCUGACUGUGGAAAACGUUUUAAAACAUCAACUCAGCUAAAAGUUCAUCAGAGAACACACACAGGAGCGAAGCCUUAUUCUUGCUCUGACUGUGGAAAAUGUUUUAAAACAUCAAAUGAACUGAAAGUUCAUCAGAGAACACACACGGGAGAGAAGCCUUACGUCUGCUCUGACUGUGGGAAGAGUUUCUCCCAAUUUUAUACCUUAAAAACACAUGAACGUAUACAUACAGGAGAGAAGCCUUACUCCUGCUCUGACUGUGUAAAAUAUUUCAAAACGUCAACUGAGCUAAAAGUUCAUCAGAGAACACACACAGGAGAGAAGCCGUAUUACUGCUCUGACUGUGGAAAAUGUUUAAAAACAUUAAAUGAGCUAAAAGUUCAUCAGAGAAUACACACAGGAGAGAAGCCUUACGUCUGCUUUGACUGUGGAACUAGUUUUUCUCAACUUUCCCAUUUAAAAUCACAUGAACGUAUACAUACAGGGGAGAAGCCAUACUCCUGCUCUGACUGUGGAAAAUGUUUUAAAACAUUAUAUGAGCUAAAAGUUCAUCAGAGAACACUCACAGGAGAGAAGCCUUACGUCUGCUCUGACUGUGGAAAAUGCUUCAAAACAUCAACUGAUCUAAAAGUUCAUCAGAGAACACACUCAGGAGAGAAGCCUUACGUCUGCUCUGACUGUGGAACUAGUUUCUCGCAACUUUCCCACUUAAAAUCACAUGAUCGUAUACAUACAGGGGAGAAGCCAUACUCCUGCGCUGACUGUGGAAAAUGCUUCAAAACAUCAACUGUGCUAACAGUUCAUCACAGAACACACACAGGAGAGAAGCCUUAUUACUGCUCUGACUGUGUAAAAUGCUUCACAACAUCAGCUAAGCUAAAACUACAUCAGAGAACACACACAGGAGAAAAGCCUUACUCCUGUUCUGACUGUGGUGUGAGUUUCUCUCGGCUUGAUACCUUAAAAACACACCAACAGAUACAUAAAGGAGAGAAGCCAUACUCCUGCUCUGCCUGUGUAAAAUGCUUCAAAACAGCAACUGAGCUAAUAGUUCAUCAGAGAACACACGCAUGAGAGAUGCCGGCUUACGUCUGUUCUGACUUUUGGGUGAGUUUUUCUCACCAUAGCAACUUAACACACCAAUGUAUACACACAGGAGAGAAGCCUUACUCCUGCUCUGUGGAAUGGUGGGCGUGUAACUCAAACUUCUAGCCAAAGUUUGCGUGUUUGAAUCUCAUCAAGGAGGACUUUAGCAUUUUAGCUAAUUAGCAACUUUGCAACUACCUACUACUUUUAGCUAUUACUUAGCAUGU